AUGAUGCACAGAGAAUCUUGCGCUUGCGGGACGGAUAGUCUGGAACUGUUUAAAGUUCCCCUGACGAACGUCACUAUAGAAGACUCUAAAUGGAUGGAAUAUCAUCCGAUUUCCAGUACUCUGAAUUCGGAUACAGCUCCCAUCGAAUUCGAAAUCAAAGGACAGAGAGAUGAAUAUCUGGAUUUAUCUCAAUCGUAUCUCCAGAUGAUCUGUAAAUUUACCAAAGGAGAUGGCACCGAUCUCACGGGAGGCAAUUCUAUUUCCACUCCCGUCAAUAACAUCUUACAUUCCUUAUUCAGCGAAAUCGAUGCGAGUCUCAAUGGAAAAGUCAUCACCCCGGGAACGGAUACUUAUCCGUACAAAGCUUACUUGGAGAAAUUACUGUCUUAUAGUCACAGGACUCUGAAAACCCAGAUGAAGGCCUGUACCUUGUGGGAAAAAGAUACGGCCGGGCACAUGGACGAAGUCGGGUUAGCCGCUCUGACUCAACCUGACAAGCAAUUCGCCUCACCAUCAAUGCCGUCAUCCCUACCCCUGUCUAUCCCGAUAAUUCCAAGAACGUGGGGUUAA